UCCAUUUCAGCUUAGCUUCUUCAAUUCAUUCCACAACAGAGAAGAAACAACCUUAAUCUCUGCUACGUUGCAUAUAUCACCCCCACCCAGCCAUCCUCCAGGGGUUGAUAUAUAUAUCUCGUCAUACAUACACACAAACAGUCGCGUAAUUCGCAUUUUCCACGCAGAAACAGAGAAAGACCUCAGAAAACAUAUCCCUAGUCUUGCGGCGGCGUUUCCAGCGACAUUAUUCAAGAUGAUGCCGGCGGGUUACGGCACCAAAGGGGGCUACGACAUUGAGGCCGGCAUGAAUGGCGAGCUGUACCCCGGGAUGAUGGAGAACCCGCAGAUGCGUUGGGCCUUCAUUCGCAAGGUGUAUAUCAUCGUCUUCAUCCAGCUGUCCAUCUGCACCGGCGUCUCCGUCACCAUGUUCUUCACCCCCGCCGUCAAGACCUUCAUGAGAACCACUGAGGGCUUGAUCGCCCUCAUUUGCUUAGUCGUUCUCACCUUCAUUCUUAGCUUGGUAAUGGGAUGUGUAAGCAACAAGCAUCCGUGGAACUAUCUUUUCCUGUUUCUCUUUACUGUGGCCAUGGCUUGCAUGAUUGGAGUGAUUUGUGUAUACAAGAAAGGAAUGUCUGUCAUGAUUGCUGCUGGUCUUACUGCACUUAUAUUCGUUGCGCUUACACUAUACACAUUCUGGGCGUCGAGCAGAGGCUCUGAUUUCUCCUUCCUCGGUCCUUUCUUGAUCUGUGCCCUCCUGAUUCUCACGGUUUUUGGUUUUAUGAGGAUGUUUAUUCCUAUGGGAAACACCGGGCAGCUGGUAUACGGGUGCAUUGGCGCCCUCAUCUUUUCUGGUUUCAUCAUAUAUGACACUGACAACUUGAUCAAGCGCUUCAGCUACGACGAAUACAUUGCAGCUGCAGCUUGCUUGUUCUCGGACAUCAUCAAUCUUUUCAUUGCCAUUCUUAACAUCUUGGAGGGUGCUGAGUGAGUGAUCGGAAGCCUUGUUGAUCGAGUUGCUGAAACAGCUAAGAAUCUGAUAUGAACAUGAAGAAACCUCUCUUUCUCUGUUCAUCUUCUUCAUACAUUAUUUUUCCACUAAUUUUUUGUAAAUUAUAGAUGUAAAUUGUGAUGGCUGAUUCUGCUUUGUGUUGUCCUUUGUCAAUGGAUGUCACUGUUUAAUUUCUUGAGCAUUUCUGUGCUUCCAUUAGUAUUGCAGAAUCAGUGAAUUCUCAAGUAGGAUGUAAAUAUGUAAACUUUUGACUGUGCUAACUGAAUGGCAUGUAUUGUGUUUUA